CAAUACUGACCAGUCGGCCCCGCGACCCAUAGCCGUCCGCUCGGCUUUAUUUCAUAAAAGUGUUCGUAAAAUAGUGAACGAAGGCUACGUCUCAAAGUGCUCUUAUGUCAAAUUAUUAGUUUUAUAUGACGCUGCCUUGAUUAGUUUUUAGUUAAACACAGCUAAAUAACAAUUUUUUUAGGUAGAUGUCAUUAUAUUAUAAGUUAUCAAUGGAGCGAAAUAUAAUUUGUGUAUUUUGUAAAAUCUAAAUCACCCAAUAACUUAGACAUUAACAACAAUAACAAAGAUAAAAUAUUUAUAAUGUUUAUUUUAACUGUAUUAAGUGCACUAUAGUGCUAUCUAAAAAGUGUGUGGGACAAUAACGCAUCGUUCUUGUGCGCGUGGACGUCUGUGCCUAAACAUUUUAAAAGUUUUUAUUAACUUUUUAAAAAUGGCGAAUCAAGUGCACGAAGGUCGCAAAACAGUGAGCCGUGGACGAGUAGUUUUGUCACAGGUGUUAGCAUGCCUGGCGCUGGACUUCCUCCUGAUAGGAUUAGGGAUGUCGAUCAGCUUCGUCACCAUGGUGCUCCCUGAAGUGAUGGACGCUAAGGAAGGGCUCUCCAUCACCAAGAAACAAGCUUCGUGGUUUGGUAGCCUGGCCUUCCUCUGCCAACCACUAGGCAGUCUGUUCUCCGGGCCACUUCUCGACCACUUCGGGCGAAAAAAGGCCUUAUUCCUAGUAAACAUACCGCACGUAAUCGCAUGGGUGCUCAUGUACUAUGCGUGGGACGUGCCGUCAUUGUUCAUAGGAAAUGCUCUGUUGGGGAUUGGCACGGGCAUUAUGGAAGCGCCUUCAGUCACUUAUGUGGGAGAAGUCAGCGAUCCGCGUCUCCGAGGGCUCCUGACAACCCUGACGAACAUGUUUACUUCAGCAGGCAUGUUCAUAGCCUACCUCCUCGGAACUGUGCUGAGCUGGCGACAGGCCGCGCUGGUGGCACUCACAAUACCUCUCACUACCAUGUUCUUAGUAUUAUUCGUGCCUGAAACUCCUAUAUGGCUACUAUCAAAAGGUCGCCAGAAAGAGGCCCUACGCUCCCUCUGUCGCCUCCGAGGUUGGGUCGAACCAGAAGAUGUUAAAGAAGAGUUCGACACACUCAUACACUACAAUGACGUCACACAUCAAUGCGUCAUAUGCAUGAAGGACGAGAAAGACGAGAAAGAAUUGCAGUCAUGUGAACACGUAAAUGCAAAACUGAUUAAAAGAAUAGCGUUGAAGUUCAAGCAUGUCUUAUUUGUAAAAGAAACGAUGAGACCGUUCGCGUUGGUGAUGGCCUAUUUUAUGUUUCACACGAUGAGCGGAUUAGCCCCAGUGAAACCGAAUAUGGUGAAUUUGUGUUCCGCAUUAGGAAUGAAAUAUGAUGCUAAGACUGUUGUGGUCUUCAUCGGAGCUACAGCAAUCUUCAUGAACAUCCUCUCGGCCAUCACAGUCAAAGCUAUCGGCAAACGAAAACUAGUUUUAGGGGCAUUGCUCGGCACAUCAUUUUGCAGUCUCGGCAUCAGUGUUUACGCCGGUACCAGUCUACCGAGUGACGUGUUCUCGUAUGAAGCUCAUACGUUCCCGAAGAGAGGGGAAGUGCUCCCUGUGGUGCUCUUUAUGGCACUGGUCUGUUUCACCAGCUUGGGGAUCCCUUGGGUACUACUGUCUGAAGUCUUUCCAUUCAGGAGUCGCGGUGUGGCGACGGGUUUUGCAGCCGCACUAAGCUACGUCAUCUACUUCCUUUCUUCCAAAACUAACUACAACCUCGAAGCCGCCUUCCAUCUUACUGGAACUUUCACCAUUUACGCCAUUUUUGGCUUUGUUGGCACAAUUUAUCUAUAUUUCUUCUUGCCAGAAACCGAAUCUAAAACUUUAGUAGAAAUUGAAGCUUUGUACAAAGGCGAAAAGAGAAUUUUCGCAAAUGAUUUCCUUAUAAAUGCCAUAUUAAAUAAAAAAGGAAGUAUUAAUAAUGGUGCUGAUAAACCUAUGCUAGUCAAAUAGUUAAAGUGUGAUAUUGAAAUAAGUAUACGGUAAUAUUAUUAAUAUAUUAUAGAUUAAUUUAAUAAAUCCAGGUUAAUAAAUGAAAACUACUAAAUUAGUUCAAUUGAUAGGAUUAAAUUGUGUACCAACUAUAAUAUCUACCUCCGUAAUCAAGUACAAGUCUAAGUUUAUGAUUAACAUUUACCUAAGUUAAUUAAAUGACAUAAAUAAUGCA